AUGGGGAAUUUCAAGAGAAGAAUAAAACAGUAUACAAAGGACUGUGCAGUGAGAAUAAAAAGCUUUAUGUGGGAGUGUAGCUAUGAUUACAUGGUCUUUAAGAAUUUUGAUCUUAAACAUCAACCAAUAAAGCCUCAAAGAAUUAUUGAAGUGAGUUUCUUCUUACCUGCAAGAAAUCAGAUACUCAUAUGUUGUGAUGGGUCAUCUAGGGGCAAUCCAGGUGCAGCAGGAUAUGGUUUUGUUUGCAGAGAUGAAUUGGGAGGUUGUAUAUAUGCUGGAGCUACUGGCCUGGUAAUUGCAACUAAUUACAUUGCAGAAUUAAUGGCUAUUACAGGUGCAGCUGAAUGGGCUAUACAGAACAACAAGCUUGAUAUAUGUAUUAACUCUGAUUCUAAAGCAGCAGUGAGUGCAUACAUGUCAGGAAGACUGCCUUGGUUCAUGCAGGUAAGAUGGAAGAGAAUAAAGGAAAUAUUGAAUAAUAUCCAACUUGUACAUAGCUUGAGAGAAGUAAAUUUCUCUGCUGACUCCAUGGCAAAGAAGGGUGCAGGAUUGGUGAGAGGGGGAAAGCUCAUUUUCAAUUCAAAACCAAGUUUCAUCCCAGAUUUGGAAUCACCUGAGAAAAUUUACUAUAGGUUUUGCUAA